AAUAACUUCUUUCUUUGGAUUUCGAUUCACUUCUUGCAGUUAAAAGCCUUCUGCGUGGUGGCCGCGGCGCAGGCGGUGUCCUCCGGGUCCAGCGGGUAUGGCUCGGCAGGCGGAAGCGGGCCUGGGGGCGGCCAUGCAGGAGGAGGCCAUUUGGCAGGCGGCCAUGCAGGAGGAGGCCAUUUGGCAGGCGGCCAUGCAGGAGGAGGCCAUUUGGCAGGCGGCCAUGCAGGAGGAGGCCACGUAGGAGGAGGCAGUGUGAUUCCUGCAGUCCUUGUGGGCAGCGGCAUCCUCCCGAACAGCCUCAUUAACCUUGCUGUCGGCAGCGGAUACAGCGCUGACUUCGUCGCAGGUGCCGACCACGACGCCUUCGGGGCAGCCGACUACGACGCAGAUUUCGGGGUCGUGGGCUUCGACGGGGCGGCCACUGCCUAUGACGCCGAAGGCCCCGGCGCCGGCGAUCUGCAGGGAAUCGGUAUUGCUGAAGGUGUGAGCUUCGACGCUGGCCUCGAUGGAGCGGCGGCCUUCGAAGACGGCCAGGGAGGAGGCUUCGGGGCUGCGGGGUUCACCAACGGAGGCCAGAUCAGUGGGUCGUAUGGAGUGUAA